AUGUUACAGUACUCAAUGCGGUGGGAGGAAGGGUCCAACCAACAGGCGUGGUUGGGUGCACUUCCUGCCAUUUUCCACCGAGCCAUGCUGGGGUUGGCCGCUCACGUAGACGCUUUCCUUGGGCGUGGUCAGGAGCGAUGGUGGGCAGGGGGAACCGGGGUGGCUGGGGUGGUCGACGAGCAGGAGGAAGAACUCACUCCGCCCACGCAUCGGAGACUCGCUAAGUCAUUCAGCACGUCACGCCCGAGGGAGAAGAUGCCUGAAAAAAGUACCCCCCGAGCGUCUCUUAUGGCUUUGACAAGCAGUCGUCCAUCAAGCGUGAUUCCGACAACUCCGCCCAAUUCUAUAUCGUCUCAAGUUGGUGAGACCGAGAAGCCGCCUCUAACGCCUUUGCGACCGAAAGUGAACUCAAUAUUGCAUUUGUUUGGUGAAUGGCUGUUUGAGGCAGCCCUGAUCGGGACGAACCCUACGAAUACUCAGCAAAGAUCUGAAGGUACUCCGCCACCAUCGUCAUUGUCGGACGCUUCGCAGAAACUGAAUUUGUUCAGUUAUCAAGCUGGUCGCGCAGUAGCCUUAGGCACGUUAUGCAGGGUGAUAUGUUCGAAACAAUGUCGAGAAGAAGUUCUCGCUCCGUACUUAGCUCGUACGUACGCUGCCUUACAACGCGGGCUAAGGGACCCGGCUACUGCAGCCGCCGUGGUUUUGGAUGCUGCUGAUAUAUUCAGAUUGGACCUCGACGGCGUGUUAGUCCUAGUUCCAGACUUUAUAUCGGCGUUAGAUCGGAUCCUUUCAGAGCGUGAGCCGAAGCUCGAAUGCGGGUCCAUAGACAAGCGUGAACUGCGCAAGGCCGCUAUCAGUCUUCUGUUGUCUUUGGUAGCUUUCCCUUACCACUAUAAGGGGUUGCCGGUUCCCGAGUUCCCGGGAUGUAAUGAGUACGCGGGUAUGACUUUGGGCGAAUACGCACGUGCGAAGCUCUCCCUGGUCUGCGUGUCAGCAGUGCAAGUGGAAACGUCGGACUCGCUUGCCGUACCUUUACUUAGUGCCCUCUACUUGUGCGUGAGACACAACACGCAUUCCCCAAAUAAGGCUCACAGCGCUCCGCCUGGCUCGGCUCUCUCUCAUAGCACAGAGUAUAAAGCUCGAUCAGAGGGCGGCAGUGGCCCAGCAAGCGCUGAAAGCGUUCAAGAUGACUUCGCCGCCGAUGUUAGGGAGCUAGAUCCAUCAUCGCCUGUUUUCGGUGCCGCACUUGUGAUUCGAGCGACAUAUCUCGUGUGUCACCGGCUUAUAUCCUCCUGGAAGGGAGAUCUGCAAGUUUCUUUGGCUGCGCUGGAGUUGCUCUCGGGCCUCGCCAAGUUGCACUCUGCUAAACCAGACGCGUUGGAACGUAAGCGCGCUGUACGUUGGAUUUGCGACUACAUAUCAGUGCAAUGCGGAAGACCGCCGCAAGCGCACUCUCGAGAUCUCCACUCGUGCGUGGUGGCUGCCUACACCUGCCUCGCUUCCUGGCUUUGCCCGGCGCUGCUUAACGACCCGGAUUGCCUCGCUGCACUUAUGGAGGUCGUCGAACUGGGUAUAUCCGGUUCUAAGAGUCAGGGAAAGCCCGGGGAGCCAACCAAAAUGAAAGAUGAAAAAGAACUGAAGCCUGUGUCCAUGAGAGUGCGUGAUGCAGCCGAAGCACUGCUCAUGUUGAUUUUGGAGCAGAGUGGCACAAACGGUACGGGAACUUGGUGUCGUCUGGACGAGCGUUGGCUCUCUGCCCUCGGCCACGGCAAGUUACGGCAUUUUGUGGCAGAUGGCAGCACUUUACUGUCGUUGUUAGAAGAACCGCUCGCGAACAGCCAGGAACCUCAGCCCACUAUUGUCGUGAUCAUCCGUACGGGCUGGGGUCGUUACGCGUGGUCCCUGAGCAGUAGAGGUGCGGCUAGGAGCGCAGGUAGGGGGGCAGGAGGGGCGUGCCCCCGGCCCGUGGCUAUUCUGGAGCCCCCCGCUAGGCCUCCGCCUCAUUGCCGACCGCUGUGUGCCCCGCCGCCGUGUGCCCUUGACUCGGCAUUUCCAAGUUUGGACGCGGUACUCCGUCAACUGAAUGACCCAGAAGCCACCGUACUGUUUAAGCUGUUGGAGCAACAGGCCUCUAUCGAACGACGCGUUAGAGAGAGCGAGGAUAAUGUUACUGGCGAGGAAUACGUACCGCCGGAGCCUGUGACGGAGUUCCAGACGGCGCGAAUGUUCCUCUCGCACUUUGGUUAUCUCAAUAUCGCCCCUGAUAAAAAGGGUUCCUUACCCCGUCUUCAAGCGUUGGAUAGCUCGGCGAGCGAUUUCUCAGCGGCGUUGCGACGUUUGGACGGCACGGGAAGUCGUGCCGCGUUGACCGUGCACGUCCUCUGCGUGCGCGCAGGACAGAGACGUGCCGCCGACAUAGUCGCUAAUUCCCUUAGUGCGGAAACAGUGCCUGCUGGGUUCAUACGCAUGUUGAGAGGUCUGGGUACGCCGGUCCGAGUAUCCGGGCACGCCGGUUGGACCGGACAUGUCCGUACGAGCUACGACGCACAACCGCACUUUACGCACACGGAGCACACUCCACCGGACAAGAUAGCACCGGCUUUGUACGAUGGACGGGAACAGGUUUUAUAUUGGUCAGAUUCAACGGACGAGAUAGCCUUUGUGGUCCCUUCUGGUAAUGAGCUAAACGAAGCCGAGGAAGACACGAAGACUGAUGUGGAUGGCUCCUGUUUGUCUGUUAAUCGCAAUUCUGACAAGGGUCACGGGUCAUGUUGGGACGUAUCGAGUGGGUCACACGCGAGUUACGAGCGCAGUACGAGCGAAUGCGAGCGUACACGAACACGUGCGCCUUUAUCGGACAAAACCCGGGCAUUGUCGCUUGAAUUGGACCGGGCGCUUACUGGAAGCGGUCGAAGGAACAGAGAUUUCACACCGAAGAUACUCAUAAUAUGGCUGGAAGAUUUUGAAGAUCAUCUCAAUUUACCCAUUGACGAUUUGCUCCGUUAUUGUGAAACGGGCGUGCCUUGGCGCCGCCACGAAGUGUGGUGCGUGUGCGUGAGCGCAGUUCUGGGCGGCCUCGUGCGUCUUCUCUGUCCGCCUGCUGCCGGCGUACUGGCUGAUGGAGCGCUCGUGGCGCCACGCCUUCUCCCAGACUGCUUACGUCGCGCUGCAACUCAUCUCGCACGCCGAACGCGACUUAAUACUGAUCUCUACCAACCGCCCCACGUGCGCAGGCGUCACUUAAUACAGGAGAUCGCGCAGCAAUACAAGAAGGAUUUAGACGAACCGCAACUUCUCGAAUCUCUGUUUAAAGCACCUUAA